GCAUAUAAGGGGGAAGGCACUCGUUCACACCAGCGACCGUACAAGCUUCUAAAUUGUUCAUGAUGGCGACCACAUUGGCUUCGUCAGCACGAAGAAUCGGCCGACAACUAUCUUUUGUCGCCAGACAAUCAAAUCGGCAUUACAAUACUUCACUGCUUCUGCGAUCGCGAUGUUUUGUCACCGCUGACGUUCCAGGCAGUCUAUCAAGGCCGGUUGAGAUGAAAUCGAAACGAGCCUUUGCAACGAAAAAAAAGAAAAAAAACGCAAGUAAGAAAGACGACGACGAAUCUCUGUCCUAUUUCGAACGCAAGGUCGCAAGCAAACAAUUGCGCGUCGAAGCGUACAAACAUAAAGUGGAACGCGCCAGUCGGAUCAAAUCUCGCCGCGACAACGCUCCAAAAGAUGUUAAGAAAGAAGAAUUCCUUUCAUGGUGGUCUGGUCGCAGAGCAUAUGAGGAACAAAUGGAUCGAAAAGCCCGACAGGCCGGAAUGGAUUGGACGAUACAGGUUGCAACCGUCGUUGAACGCCUGCCCAUCGUCAUGCCCGACAAAGCGGAUUUCGAAACAGAAUUUGAGGAUUUGCAAGCCUACCUACAAGCACAUCGUGGGAAGCAGUAUCCCCAGGAAUUCUUGGGAACCGAAGGAGGGGGUCGGCCUGAAGCUUAUACAGACGAAGAAUUGAUGGGUACGUAAGACAAUCAAAAUGGAUUCAAUGGUCUAGCGAAUGGAAUGAUUUCAAGGUUCAGCGUUUGCGUCUUUGUGUAUCGCUGCACGGUGCAUUCCUACGACAUGCAUCGAAUUUUCUUCGCAGAUCUUGGUUGCUCAUGCUUUAUCAUUUUUUCGCUUGCUCAUAUCAUUGCUGGCAUGAUCUCGUACUCUGAUUCAAACGUUGAACUACAAAAUCGGUGGUUCGAUGAUGCUUUAUUGUUUAUUUCUCUACUCUGGUUUAAAAUUCAAUGGUAGCUCUACUUCCUGAAAACUUCAAACCUGCUCCUCGUGAGACAAAGGCCGACGAAGACGGGUCUGUUAACACACUGGAUCGACGCUUGAAGGAUCGCGUAUACUUAUUCAUCGGUGAUUCGUUCCCGACCACGGAACUCAAAGUAUCGGCGAACGAACACGAUCGGUACGGCGAGAAAUGCGAAUCUCUUUUGGAAGCGGCUCUCCGUGGUAUCAGAGAACAAACAUCCAGAGGUGGUGGUAAGAAGAAAGGCGAGCUUCCUCUUGACUUGUACUGUGCUUCCGAGACACCGUUGGGAGUCCGACUAGAUGUUUACGACGACGAAAAGCAGAAGUCAACGGGAUCGUUCGGUACCAAAACUUUUUUUAUGAAGGUUCAAUACGAUGAUGGUACGCUUAAGGGUGGUGACGUAGCUUGGUUGGAUCGAUCGGAAAUUGUAGACCGCUUCCAGUCCGCCUCGAAAGACGACGAAGCUAAAUUCUACCGAUAUCUACUAUAAAUAAGCUUGUACACUUUGUUUAUAUCCAGCGAAUAAAACCAAGAAACAUUACUAAGUCCAUCAUCGUCUUGUCUUCACUCUGACCAUAAAUUGAUACCAGCACGAUCAAUUUUAUUCAAAUCAAACAACAGAACCUUUACGAUAAAUCUCAUGUGGAUGAAAAGUGUAAUAAUUCGCAACUGCACAA